AUGCAGCAGCAGCAGAUGGUGGACACAUGCCACCACUCAUCACUGAGUAACUCGAUUCCUAACAGCAGUGUGCUGAGGAAGGUGGCCAGCCUCACAGCAGAUAAGAGUAUGCUUGAGCAGGGGGUCAGGCGGCCACGCUUUGUGCCAGAGAACCUUGAUUUCCAGAUCUACCAGAAGUUCAAAGGCCUAAUACUGGUAAACUGGUUCCUCUCAGCAUUUCCAGAUGGCCACUACCUGAAGCUGUAUCUGUCAGACCAGGACUUAACAAUUCUUGCAGUGCAAUUCUGCACUCAUCUUCUGGCAGCUGGUGUAAUAUGUCAAAUAUCUGAUAAAGAUGCUGCUGUGGACACUGUCUUCCAGCUGGACCUGAUGUAUCACUGGGCACACACAGAGGCACCAGCAGCAGCACCUCCAACCCCAACCCCUGGGAAACUGAGAAGUUCAGCUUGGCCUUCUCCUAGCCCUGCAGGAAUUCCACAGGAGUCUGUCAACACUGACACAAUUGGACCUGGAGCUCACUGCACAGAAGCUGAAUACCAGUUAAUGAUUAUUGGCAUGAAACGAGAACACCAUGAAACUGUAAACAGGCUGAUACGAAAUCAGGAAGUAGCUUUAUUCAACCUCAGGGGGAAGCAUGCACAGAAGGUCUUUGAGUUAGAACAGAGGAUAACUGAGCUUGAAGAGCUCAUUGACUCUAUGAGGCAACAAAUGGAAACAAACAAGACAAUAGCUGAUGCAGAGGGUCAGAAGUGGUGGGAGUGCAGGCAAUUUGGUAGGACAGGCAACACUGGUGCAGUGUCCACUUUCAUGUCAGAGUCCAACCCCACAGAAGGAGGUUGCGGUGAAGAUCGUGGAACAGGUGGCACUGGCUGUGGUGGUGGUGGUGGUGGUGGUGGUGGUGGUGGUGGUGGUGGUGGUGACAACAUUGGAGAUUCACUGACAGCCAAAACAAGAUCUGGUUUUGACUGUCCAACAGGAGUAGUAUCUUCCAAAUUUUUCUCUGAGAAGAACCAGAAUAAAAUUAAAACUAAAUCUGAUAACAUGGUUGUAAUGAGAGCUUUGCCUGCAAUUGUUGAAGAACUACCAGAGAAACAUGAAAUUGGCAUAAAGAAAGUGAUCAUAACAUGUGAAAAAGCAACAGAUACUAAAGACUUGAUACAGGUGAGGGAGCAGUGUAUCUCAGUUAUGCUGCCUCUCGAAGACUAUGCUAUGAAAAUGUCAAGUGAGCGAAUUCCAUAUGAAAAUAAGGAAAUAUCAAGAGCAGUUGGCGUCCAACAUCAAAGUUCAGAUUUUUCCCCUGAAGUUGGAGCAACUGAGAGAGCAUCUCCCAAAAAGCCUCCUCCACCCCCCCUCCCCCUCGGAAUAGGAGGCUCCCUUCUGCCACCCCCUCCACACCCUGGGACGGGGGCCCCUCCGCCACCCCCUCCACCCCCUCCACUCCCUGGGACGGGGGCCCCUCCGCCACCCCCUCCACUCCCUGGGACGGGGGCCCCUCCGCCACCCCCUCCACUCCCUGGGACGGGGGCCCCUCCGCCACCCCCUCCACUCCCUGGGACGGGGGCCCCUCCGCCACCCCCUCCACUCCCUGGGACGGGGGCCCCUCCGCCACCCCCUCCACUCCCUGGGACGGGGGCCCCUCCGCCACCCCCUCCACUCCCUGGGACGGGGGCCCCUCCGCCACCCCCUCCACUCCCUGGGACGGGGGCCCCUCCGCCACCCCCUCCACUCCCUGGGACGGGGGCCCCUCCGCCACCCCCUCCACUCCCUGGGACGGGGGCCCCUCCGCCACCCCCUCCACUCCCUGGGACGGGGGCCCCUCCGCCACCCCCUCCACUCCCUGGGACGGGGGCCCCUCCGCCACCCCCUCCACUCCCUGGGACGGGGGCCCCUCCGCCACCCCCUCCACUCCCUGGGACGGGGGCCCCUCCGCCACCCCCUCCACUCCCUGGGACGGGGGCCCCUCCGCCACCCCCUCCACUCCCUGGGACGGGGGCCCCUCCGCCACCCCCUCCACUCCCUGGGACGGGGGCCCCUCCGCCACCCCCUCCACUCCCUGGGACGGGGGCCCCUCCGCCACCCCCUCCACUCCCUGGGACGGGGGCCCCUCCGCCACCCCCUCCACUCCCUGGGACGGGGGCCCCUCCGCCACCACCUCCACUCCCUGGGACGGGGGCCCCUCCGCCACCACCUCCACCCCCUGGGACAGGAGGGCCACUGCCACCCCCUCCACCCCCUGGGAUGGGAAUACCUCCUCCUCUUCCUCCUCUAGCAGCAGUUGGUGGUCCCCCAUCUCCAGUACCAGGUGGUCCAAUGCCGCUGCCAGUACCACCUGUUGGAGGAUGGGCUGCUGGAAAAGCCAUGUUGAGGAAAAAGCCUGUGAACCCAACAGUACCUAUGAAACCUUUGUACUGGACUCGAAUUGUUGUGCCAGCGACAGAAAGUCAGACGGCUCUGUGGGAAGAUCUGGAAGAAGCUAAAAUAGAAGACAUUGAUGAAUUUGCAAAUCUGUUCUCUCGACAAGUGACUGAACGGAAACCAGUGAAGAAGAAAGAAGAAAAGCCUACAAAGCAACAAGCAGCAAAACUACUUGACAGCAAACGAUCACAGAAUGUUGGCAUUCUUUCAUCUAGCCUCCAUGUAGAAUUUUCAGAAAUAGAAAAUGCAAUAUACAAUUUUGAUACAUCAGUUGUGAACUUGGAAGCUCUACAACAGAUAUAUGAUUCUAGACCAACAGAAGAAGAAGUUUCCUUAAUUCGGAAUCAUAUUGCAAGUAACUCAAAUAUUCCACUUGACAAGCCAGAACAGUUCCUAUAUGAACUUGCAGAAAUACCAAAUUUUGCAGAACGCAUUGCGUGUUUCAUGUUCCAGUCUGAUUUUGAAGAUGGUAUAUCUUCUAUUGAAAGUAAACUGAACAAUUUAAAAUCGACUUGUCAGUUUCUAACAACAUCAGAGAGUCUGAAGACAGUACUCAGCAUUAUAUUGGCUCUCGGUAAUUAUAUGAAUGGUGGCAAUCGUACACGUGGACAAGCAGAUGGAUUUGGAUUAGAAAUUCUGGCAAAGCUACGUGAUGUCAAGAGCAAAGACAAUAGUGUUACUUUGCUUCAUUUUAUUGUAAGAGCAUACAUGAAAAAAUGUGAUGAUCCAUUAAAUCCUGAAAUGGCUUUACCUGUACCUGAACCAGGAGAUAUUGAAAGGGCGGCAGUUGCUAAUUUCGAAGACCUCACUGUUGACUUACAAAAACUAGAGAGAGACUUGACAGCAUGCCAAAAUAGAACACAAAAAGUUAUUAAGGCCUCUUCAGAAAAUAAUUUACAGCCUUUCAAGGAUAAGAUGGAAUUCUUUGUAACUAGAGCCAAGAAGCAGCUCCUUGGUGAAAAAGAAAAUUUAGAAGAAUGCAAGCAAAAAUUUUAUGGCACUAUGGAUUUUUAUCAAUACCAUCCAAAAGGUAAAAAAGAAGAUGUAACACCUAAAGAUUUCUUUGCUUUGUGGCUACCAUUUUGCCGUGAUUUUAAGGAUAUCUGGAAGAAAGAGCAGCAGAGAUUAAUAAAGGAAAAGUUACAAGAAGUGAAGCAGAAACGUGAGAAAAAACGAGAGAUAGAGAAAUCAAAAAUAACAGAUGGUGGAUUGGGAGACAAGAAGGGAAAGCCACCAUUGCGGAAGGAGAGCUCUUCCUUUCCAUCUUCAGUUUUGGCUGCCGUCAGCAGAGAGCAGGAUGAAGAAGUUCCUGCUCUUGUUCCUGGGUACACUGCAGGACCACCAGAACGUAGUCAGACAUCCUCUGAAAGUGAGGAACUGAAGACGAAGUGUGAAAAGCACAACUGA